GUAUUGCUUUACAAGUGGCUUCGGCUUCGUGUUUACCGGGUUCAGUCAGAAAGUUUUAUUUACUUUUCACAUGAAUCACGUAACUUGACAGGAGUUGGGUUUCAUGAAAUAGUGUACAUCGAAAUGAUUGAAUUAUGCACGAAAAAGCGAAUGUUAAUUGGCAUUUCGUUCUUGGGAGGGUUAACAAUAUUAGUAUUAAUUGUUGAAAGUCAUUGGACUGAUAACCCCAAUAAACUUAUUUUGGAGAGUUUUGAAAAUACCACGAGAUGUGCUUCUGGAGAUGAUUAUGAAAUAACAUCAGAAUGUCACCCAUGCUCUGCUUUUGAAGUAGCAAGCAGGAGCAUUGAUGUAUGUAUUCAUGCCAGAUACAAAGAAGUGUUGAAAUGUAAAAGUGGAGAAACUAUAACCAGAAGUUGUGACAGGGUAGCUUGGUUAGAGGAAAGAGAAUUUUGGAAGUUUGAGACGUUUAUGUUACUUCUGGCAUUAACCUCUUGUAUCAGUGUUUAUUGGAGAGAAAAUGUCCUGAGGCAGAGGAUAGUAAGAAAAAUAGCCAGGCAACUAAGGGCUAGUGCUUAGCCUUGAAUAGCUUUUUUUAUUUUUUUUUUUAUCGAUACCUUUAUAACUUGG